AUGUCAUUGAUAGGUUCAGGUUUAGGUUCUAGGGUUUUUGCUUCUCAUCAAACUGCUUCUGUGAUGGCUUCUAGCUCCACACCUCAUUUUGCAUCAUCUAUCAUUCCUACAAUGCCAAUUUUUCAGACUUUUGUCUAUUUGCCAAAUGGGGAACAAGCCUUAGUCAUACACAUAGGCAUUGUGCAAAUUUUUGCUACUUUGAUUCUAACUGGAGUUUUAUGUGUUCCUUCAUUUAGCUUUAAUCUCAUUUCAGACCUUGCUCAAUGGAGCACGAUUGGUUUGGGUAAAGAGAGUAAAGGUCUUUAUCUGUUGCAAAAAUGUCACACUGCUACUAUUUUGGCUGCUCAUUCUGAUGCUUCCUUGUCUACAUUUGCCUUAUGGCAUAGUCGUUUAGGUCAUCCAUCUUACUCCAAGUUAGCUUUGUUAAAUAAUCUUGUUGCUAUGAUCAAGAAUGCCUUCCUUCCUUAUGACAUUUAUGAUGGAUUAAGUUAUUGUCACCUUGGUCCAACCUUUCAUUCCUUUGUCAUGGCUGUCACUACUACUCCUUCAAAACCUGCUUUCUUUCAUCAAGCAGUUAAAUUUCCUAAAUGGAGAGCUGUCAUGGAUAAAAAAAUUGCUGCUUUGGAACAAAAUACCACUUGGUCUCUCACACCUUUGCCUUAUGGUAAGAUUCUCAUUGGGUGUAAAUGGGUGUAUAAGAUCAAGUAUAACUCAGAUGGGUCCAUUGAACGAUACAAGGCUAGAAUAUUUUUGGCCUUAGCUAUUGUGAAAGGGUGGUUUCUUCACCAAAUAGAUGUGAAUAAUGCCUUUUUCCAUGGAGAUUUGGCUGAAGAAGUUUACAUGUGCUUACCACCUAGCUCUUCACAGCAAGGGGGACAAUUUAGUGUGCAAAUUGAACAAGAGCUUGUAUAG